AACAUAUAAUGCGUUAAAGUGCCCGAGUCAGGACAUGCCAUCAUGCAGUGCAUGGAGAGAAGCGUGUGUUUCAUGAGCUGGAGUUUUAUCAUCGGCGGUGUUCUUUAUUUCUUCCGCCAGGUGAAGGUUAACACGCAGUACGGGCGCUAUGUGGAAACCAUAAAAGCUCCUGGUGUGAUGGUGCCCUCGAAGAUGGCCUGGUUCAUCCAGGAACUGCCCUCGGUGUUAAUUCCAGUGUUUCUGCUCCUCACCACAGACACGUUACACGGCCUGGGACGCAAUGUUCUUCUCUGGACCUUCUGUUUGCACUACUUCCAUAGGACGUUCAUCUACUCUCUGCUGAAUAAAGGCCGGCCUUGUCCGCUGUUCAUCAUGGUAUCGGCCGUGGUCUUCUGCUCUCUGAACGGCUUCCUUCAGGGACACUACAUGCUCCACUGCGCUCACUACGACGACUUCUGGCACAGGGACGUACGCUUCAUAGUGGGUCUGUUAAUGUUCUUCUCAGGAAUGGCCAUCAACAUCCACAGUGAUCACAUCCUGAGGAACCUCAGAAAGCCAGGAGAGAUUACUUACAAAAUCCCUGAGGGAGGAAUGUUCGAGUUGGUGUCUGGUGCUAACUUUUUUGGUGAGAUAUUAGAGUGGUGUGGUUAUGCCAUUGCUACAUGGUCUCUGCCCACAUUCUCCUUUGCUUUCUUCACCGUCUGCUCCAUCGGACCCCGAGCUUAUCACCACCACAGGUACUACGUCAAGAAGUUCGACAAUUACCCAAAAUCCAGGAAGGCUGUGAUCCCAUUUCUCCUCUAACAGCAGCAGCGGGAGGUUUGAGGUUCUCUGUGUGUCUCUGAAACCCCAAACCGGUCGUUUCUGGAUCGGCAAUGAAGGAUCGGAAUCUCUUUUUUAAGAGAUUUUUUAUAGAUCAGAUUUUAGAGGAUAAGAAAAGACUUGGUUUUAAUCUGAUAUUAAUUCUGGUGACUUCUGUAACUUCUGUACCUUUUAUUUCUUGUCCUGGCCUAAUUUCAUAGGAAUUUGUAUUUUAUUAAUUUUGCUACCUAUAUGAUCUUCAUCAUAACACAUUGAGCUAUAUGCUAUGUAUGAAAUGUGUGAUACAAAAUAAAGAGUUUUUUCCUGCUUC